GAGGCAGGCUGGGGUCCAGGGUGCUGAGGCUCAGGGUCUGUGGCCUGAUUUUCUUCCCUGGCCCUCAGCACCCCUCUCCCGCUGCACCUGUGUGUGCCCCAUUGUGCGAGUCUCAUUCAUUAAGCAAGUGUUGUUCAGUGCCUUUGUGUGUGCAGUGGUCUUCCUGUGUUGCUGCUGGCGAUGUUAGUGUUUCCAUCCAUCCGGCACCUUCUCCCAGUCUCCUGUCCUCAUCUGAGGGAGCCAGGCUGGCUGAGACCGUCCCAGGUCCCCCAGUCCCACGUCAGGAACCCUCUCCCUCAUGUUGUCCAACCCUGGAGCUCAUCCCCUGCGACUCCAUGCCCUUCACAGCCAGGGCCUGUGCUCCGGCUGAGCCACAGGUGACCUGAAUCCCCCUCCAGGCGCCCUCUGGUCCCCACACAGCGUCUGGACAGAGGCCUCGCCAUCCUGGGGAGGGACUCCUGCGGGUGCUCUGCAGCCCAGGCAACCCUGAGCACCGUGUAACUUCCUGGAUGGAGUUGGCAAGAGGGUGGGCCUGGCUCCAGAGGUCGGGGUUGUGAGGCUGGGGUCUCUUUAGCUCUGACUCAGACCCUGCAGUGCACCGGGGGCACAGGAAGGCAGAGUCCAGGCUGAGUCACUGCCUUGUCCUUCACAGCACAACUGUUUCCAUCUCAGCCUGGGAAGCCAGGUGCAGUGAGGAGGGGAGACCAUGUCCCCCUAUUGCCUUCGAACGUCCCACCUUCAGCCCUAACGCCCCCUGCCCCUGGCCCGUCUUUCUUUUCCAAGAGUGACCAGGAACUGGGAUGAUGGUGGAAGGGAGGUUUUUGUCGGUCUUUUCUGACCUUCAGAGGAAAGCCCUGAGGUCUAAGCUCAAAAGAAGUAGGCAGGAGGGGCCGGGAGCCUUGGGAGCAGGGAGAGGAGAGGAGAGAGGAGGCUGGAGCCUCUCAUAAGAAAUGAAGGGGUCCCCAGAGCAGGGUGCUACCGAGAGUGCAUCUUGGUGUCCCCCUGCUCCUUUCUCAUCCCUGCGUCCUGCACUUCCAAACACAUAUGGGAAUAUAUGUUGCCCCUGAAGAUUGGGGGCCACUCACCUGCGCACCUGAUUUAUGCACUUGGCCCUCCAUGUAGCCAUGCACAGAGGAACGCCGUGAAUAAGGGGCCUUCUGAUAAGGUCCUUGAGGAACAGACAGAAGGACCACAGAUGCUGGACAGCAGAGGCCUGGGCCGAGCAGGAAGGGCCUGCAGGCUCUGGGAUUGAGUGCAGGCUGCCCGCCUGGGGGCCAGUGAAUGGAAACCAGUGUGAUUUUCUUAAAAAUACCUGCAAUGGGGCAAAGAAUCAAACCAGCGUGCUCACUCCAUCCCGUGCCCUUCCACCCUCAGCAGCCUGAGCCCCGGGGCGGGCACAGGGCACCUCAGGGACAAUAGUGCUAGGCAGUACCAGGGCUGCUUGCUGCUGGGCAGUGCCCACGCUGGGAUGUGCUGCUGCUGUAGCUGCUGCCCACUGCUGGCCCACCUUGAGAGGGGGCCACUUCAAGAGAAGGCCCGGGAGAAGGACAGGAUGAAGGAAGCCAAGGAUGCCCGGUAUACCAACGGGCACCUCUUCACCACCAUCUCAGUGUCGGGCAUGACCAUGUGCUAUGCCUGUAACAAGAGCAUCACGGCCAAGGAAGCCCUCAUCUGUCCAACCUGCAGUGUGACUAUCCACAACCGCUGUAAAGAUGCCCUGGCCAACUGUACCAAGGUCAAGCAGAAGCAACAGAAAGCCGCUCUGCUGAAGAACAACUCUGCCCUGCAGUCUGUUUCUCUCCGCAGUAAGACAACCAUCCGAGAGCGACCCAGCUCCGCCAUCUACCCCUCCGACAGCUUUCGACAGUCUCUCCUGGGCUCCCGCCGCGGCCGCUCCUCCUUGUCCUUGGCCAAGAGUGUUUCCACCACCAACAUUGCUGGACAUUUCAACGAUGAGUCCCCGCUGGGGCUGCGCCGGAUCCUGUCACAGUCCACAGACUCCCUCAACAUGCGGAACCGAACCCACUCUGUGGAAUCGCUUAUUGACGAAGGUGCAGAGGUGAUCUACAGUGAGCUGAUGAGCGACUUUGAGAUGGACGAGAAGGACUUCGCGGCCGACUCCUGGAGCCUUGCUGUGGAUAGCAGCUUUCUACAGCAGCACAAGAAGGAGGUGAUGAAGCAGCAGGAUGUCAUCUACGAGCUAAUCCAGACGGAGCUGCACCAUGUGAGGACGCUGAAGAUCAUGACGCGCCUCUUCCGUACGGGCAUGCUGGAGGAGCUGCAGCUGGAGCCAGGGGUGGUGCAGGGCCUGUUCCCCUGUGUGGAUGAACUCAGUGACAUCCACACACGCUUCCUCAGCCAGCUGUUGGAACGCAGGCGCCACGCCCUGUGCCCUGGCAGCACCCGGAACUUUGUCAUCCACCGCUUGGGUGACCUGCUCAUCAGCCAGUUCUCAGGUCCUAGUGCCGAGCACAUGCGGAAGACUUACUCGGAGUUCUGCAGCCGCCACACGAAGGCCUUGAAGCUCUAUAAGGAGCUGUAUGCCCGGGACAAACGAUUCCAACAGUUCAUCCGGAAAGUGACCCGCUCAGCUGUGCUGAAGCGGCACGGGGUCCAGGAGUGUAUCCUGCUGGUGACCCAGCGAAUCACCAAGUACCCAGUGCUCAUCAGCCGGAUCCUGCAGCAUUCCCACGCCUCUCAAGGUGAGAUCAAGACGCACUGGGAAUUGGGGCUGGAAAGAAGCUGGCAGAGCUGUCCCCAUGCUGACCCUCUGGUGCCAGGGAUGGAGGAGGAGCAGCAGGACCUGACAGCAGCCCUGGGGCUGGUGAAGGAGCUGCUGUCCAACGUGGACCAGGAUGUGCAUGAGCUGGAGAAAGGGGCCCGCCUGCAGGAGAUCUACAACCGCAUGGACCCUCGGGCCCAGGCACCGGUGCCUGGCAAGGGCCCCUUUGGCCGAGAGGAGCUUUUGCGGCGCAAGCUCAUCCAUGAUGGCUGCUUGCUCUGGAAGACAGCGACGGGGCGCUUCAAAGAUGUGCUGAUGCUGCUGAUGACAGAUGUGCUGGUGCUUCUCCAGGAGAAGGACCAGAAGUACAUCUUCCCUGCCCUGGACAAGCCAUCAGUGGUGUCGCUGCAGAAUCUGAUUGUACGGGACAUUGCCAACCAGGAGAAAGGGAUGUUUCUGAUCAGCGCUGCCCCACCCGAGAUGUAUGAGGUACACACAGCGUCACGGGAUGACCGGAGCACCUGGAUCCGCGCCAUUCAGCAGAGCGUUCGCGUGUGCCCGUCCCGGGAGGACUUCCCCCUGAUCGAGACGGAAGAUGAGGCUUACCUGCGGCGCAUCAAGAUGGAGCUGCAGCAGAAGGACCGGGCGCUGGUGGAGCUGCUGCAGGAGAAGGUUGGGCUGUUUGCAGAGAUGACCCACUUCCAGGCGGAGGAGGAUGGCAUCAGUGGGGUGCCCCUGCCCACCCUGCCCAGGGGCCUUUUCCGCUCCGAGUCCCUCGAGUCCCCCCGUGGCGAGCGGCUGCUGCAGGAUGCCAUCCGUGAGGUGGAGGGCUUGAAAGACCUGCUGGUGGGGCCUGGCGUGGAGCUGCUCUUGACGUCCCGGGAGCCAGCCCAGCCCUUGGAACUGGACAGCAGUGGGAACACAAGUCCUGGGGUCACUGCCAACGGCGAGGCCAGAACCUUCAACGGCUCCAUCGAGCUCUGUAGAGCUGACUCGGACUCCAGUCAGAAGGAUCGGAAUGGAAAUCAGCUGAGGUCUCCCCAAGAGGAGGUGUUACAGCGGCUGGUCAACCUCUACGGAUUGCUGCACGGGCUGCAGGCGGCUGUGGCCCAGCAGGACACUUUGAUGGAAGCCCGGUUCCCUGAAGGCCCUGAGCGGCGGGAGAAGCUGUCCCGAGCUAACUCUCGGGACGGGGAAGCUGGCAGGGCAGGAGCUGCCCCUGCAGCUCCUGAAAAGCAGGCCACAGAGCUGGCGCUGCUGCAGCGACAACACGCACUGCUGCAGGAGGAGCUGCGGCGCUGCAGGCGGCUGGGUGAGGAGCGGGCGACGGAGGCCGGCAGCCUGGAGGCCCGCCUGCGAGAGAGCGAGCAUGCCCGGGCCCUGCUGGAGCGGGAGGCCGAAGAGGCACGCAGGCAGCUCGCCGCCCUGGCCCUGGGCCAUGCUGAGCCGCUCCCAGCUGAGGCGCCCUGGGCUCGCAGGCCUCUGGACCCUCGGCGCCGCAGCCUCCCAGCCGGCGAUGCCCUGUACCUGAGCUUCACGCCCCCGCAGCCUGGCCGAGGCCAUGACCGCCUGGAUCUGCCGGGGACAAAUCGCUCUGCGCACCGACCCUGUGAGGACCGGGAGAGGCAGGAGCUGGGCAGCCCUGAGGAGCGGCUACAGGACAACAGCGAUCCUGACACAGGCAGUGAGGAGGAAGGGAGCAGUCGUCUGUCUCCACCCCACAGUCCACGAGACUUCACCCGAAUGCAGGACAUCCCUGAGGAGACCGAGAGCCGCGACGGGGAGCUGCUGGCUUCCGAGAGCUAAGGGGCCCUUGCCCCUGCUGUGCCCCAGUGAAGAACGUCACUGCUGGGGCAAAUGUCGGGGACUGCAAGCUGCCAGUGACAAGGGGACAUUCGAAAGAACUGCUGAUUGUCCUUGUCAGCUCUUGGGAUCCUUGGAUACCUGGGGCCAUUUAGGAACCUGGGGGAUUUAAGUCACAAUCCCCCUGGUGGCAUCCAAAAGCUACACCACAGAUGCCAAUUUGUCAUGCCUUCUUCCCUCUACUUUAGGAAAAUUUAUUUAUUUAUUGUUUAUUAGUUGUGGGGGAGAAGGAAGAUUUAAAGGACCAGGGACAUGGGAACCAAGCCAUAGGGAUCAGGGGCCUUGUCCUUUCUCACUACUGGGGUACGUUCAGGCCUCUCCAGCAGCCGCUGGGUUCUACUCCUGACUGUCCCCAGCAGCACCCACCUCUGACAGACUGCAGCCACAGGACACUCCUGCCCCUGUGCGGAGGGCUGUGGGCAGCCGUGUCCUUCUCCCCACGCCCCUCACCCUCUUCUUGCUGGGCCCCUUCUCUGCAUCCACCAGGAACCCCGGGGAGAUGACCUGCUCCCAGGUGGAUGGAGUGGAGAUCAGGGUGGCUACAAUGGUUUGUUGAGGGUGAGGGAAAAAUCCCACAGGGACCAGAAUGUUUUGUUGUUUUCUUUUCUUUUUUGUACCAAAGCCAGCUGCACGUGUUUUAUAUUUUUAAGAGAAGACAUAGGCAAUUAGAGAUCACACUCUUCUAUCUCCACAUCUCAAUGUCAGGGCUGGGGGAAGACUGAUUUCUCCCACCGCCUGCAUUCAUAGGGCUCCUAUUCCGAAAGUUCUAGGGUGGGUUGGGAAAUCUCUACGAACCCUAGCCUCACUGCCCACCUCAGCGACCAUGACUUGAAACCUCAUUGUGAAUUCGGGGGAUUUUUCAAUGGACAGCACCCACCAACUCCAGCCAUUUUUCUGCCAAUUUGAUUGUUUUAAAAAAACAAAACAAAACAACAAAAAAAAAAAAAAAAAGAAGAAGAAAAAGAAAAACCAAGCAGGGAAAAUUAAAGACCUGAAACCCUA